AUGCGUUUCUCCAUCUCUAGCGCAGCCGCCCUUCUGGGUCUCGCUGGCUCAGCCGCCGCUCAGGGCCUUCGAUCUUCGGCUUACACCGACCCCAAGACUGGUAUUGACUUCCAGCAGUUCUACGACGAUGGCUUCACCCUCGGUAUUGCCGUCCCCGAGACCCUCGGCAAGGACUUGAUUGCUCAGAUGGUCUUCCCUCACGACGAGAAGAAGGGUUGGGGUGGUAUUUCUUUCCGUGGUGGCAUGGUUGGCGGUCUUCUCUUCGUCGCCUGGCCUAACGGUGAUGAUAUCGUCACCAGCUUCCGUCUUGCAAGCUCCUACGCCAAUCCUGACGUGUACACCAACAGUACCGUCAAGGCCACCCCUAUCCCCAAGGGUACCUGGAUCAACAGCACUCACGCCUCGUACACCUUCCUGUGCGAGGGCUGUGUGGAUAUAAAGGUUACCAGUCUCACUGCUGAGUCUCCCGUCGUUGGAUACGCCUGGUCCUCCACCGCUGUCGAUGCCCCUGCUGAUCCCGAGGCUGCUCUGAACUACCACGGUGCUGGCUUCGGUCAGUUUGGCCUCAACAUCAAGGAGGCUGCAUCAGCCAAGUACGCCGACUGGGCUGCCAUGGCCGAGGAGUCUGCUCCCGUCCCCGCUCCUGCUCCUGGUACUGGUGGUAACGGCACAGUUCCCAUCCCUGGAAACUCCACCGUCACUCCUCCCACUACCUCCAACGUCACCUACGAUGUCAUUGUCGUCGGCGGUGGUCCCGCUGGUAUCAUCGCCGCUGAGCGUCUUGCCGAGACCGGCGUCAGCGUUCUUCUCAUCGAGCGCGGCCCAGCCAACACCGUCGCUCUCGGAAACACUGCCCAAGGCCUCCCCUGGAACAACACCCUGACUCCCUAUGAUAUCCCCGCCCUCGGCAGCAGCCUGGGUAGCAUGGCUGCCACCAAGUUCUGCAGUGACACUGCUUCCACUGCUGGUUGUCUGCUUGGAGGAUCCAGCUCCAUCAACGGUCUUAACUUCAUCCACCCUCCUGAGCGCGACUUCUCUCGCUGGCCUAAGGGCUGGGGCUGGGCCGAUGUCUCCAAGGCUGCUGAUCGUCUUUACGAGCGUAACCCCGGCACCACUCUUCCCUCUGACGACGGCAAGUACUACAAUGACCGCACCUUCAAGGUCCUGUCUGGCUACCUGAGCGCCAAGGGCUGGAAGGAGGUUGACUCUAUCAAGGAGCCCAACGAGAAGCACCUCGUCUACUCUCGUCCUUCUUGGUCCAUCAAGAACAACAUGCGUGCUGGCCCUGCUCGUACUUACAUGCCCUUUGCUCAGGACCUCCCUAACUUCACCCUCAAGCUGGAGACAAAGGUUAUCCAGCCCAUUCGAUCCGGCAGCAAGAUCACCGGUGUCCUCACCCAGGCUGCCGACGGUAGCAAGCAGAUCAUCAAGGUCAAGGCCGGCGGCAAGGUCGUCCUCGCUGCUGGUGCCAUGUCUACUCCUCGUCUUCUCUGGAACGCUGGUAUCGGAAAGGCCGAUGCUCUCGCAAUUGUCAAGGAGGGUGCUGCCAAGACUGGUGUCACUCUUCCCCCUGCUUCUGACUUUAUUGACCUCCCCGUCGGACACCACCUCCAGGACCACGCCCAGGUCAUGCUCCAAUUCAAGAGCAACAGCAACUUCACUGCCUACAAGUUCAACGACAUUGCUACCAAGCCUGUUGAGGGUGACUUGGAUCUUUACUACCAGGGCUCUGGUCCCAUUACCCAGGCUGCCCAGCGAAUGCACCUCUGGACCUCCGCCAAGGGCGGCGACGGUCGCGAUCGCUACCUUCAGGGUACUGCCAGCGCCAUGGCCGACGGCAUCAUCACUGUCCGCAGUUUCCUGACCCACGGUACCACAACCGUUGGUGAGCUCAGCAUUGCCCCCGGUGGAAACACCAUUCUCAAGACCAAGCCCUGGUUGAUCGACCAGGAGGAUCGCAAGGCCAUGGGCGACUUCGUCCAGUACUGGCUCGAUCUCGUCGGCGGAAGCAACUCUUCCCUGUCUUACAUCACACCUGGUGCCACUGUCGACGAUAUCCUCGCCACCAAGAUGAUCAGCGGAGACCACUGGAUGGGCAGCGCCAAGAUGGGUGUUGACGAUGGCCGCAAGAGCAAUGGCAGCAGUGUUGUCGACCUUAACACAAAGGUCUACGGCACCGACAACCUUUUCGUCGUCGAUGCCUCCAUCCACCCUGAUCUUCCCACUGGCAACACCCAGGCCAUCAUUAUGGUCGCUGCCGAGCACGCCGCUGAGAAGAUUGCCGCUAUCAAGGUCGGCGGUAGCAAUACCACCGUCCCUGAGCCUAUUUCUUCUACUCCUACUCCCGUUCCUACUCCUUCCACUGGAAGUAAGUGCAAGCGAAAUCUCCACCGUCGUGGUGGUCGCGUGCCCAGGGACUUCCGUCGACGAUCGCUCUACUAA